AUGUCCUCAGAAUCUGAUAUUCAUGCCUUUGUCGACAAAUACAAAACUCUGCUACUUGAAGAACGCAAUGAAGAGAUUGAGCGAAGCUCGCUCUCACUCUCAAAUUGUGGCCCCAAAUUGCUGGAACUCAAAGGACUGGCCUUGGGCGGUUUGGGCGUUGUAGAGAUGAAUAUCGGACUCGGUGGUAAAACUCUUGUGGAAUUGGAGCGCCCCCUAGCCCAUCAUACGACGCCGAGCUUUCCUCCUCAUACCUUCAGGCCAGGAGACUUGGCCAGGAUAGAGGCAAAUGCUUCAUCUAAUGCCUCCACGAAGAAACCGAAGAAAGCCACUGCACCAAGUGAUGCGAAAGCAGUCGAAGGUGUCGUAUACAAGGUCUCAGACACCCGGAUCGUGAUAGCAGUUGAUCAGUCGGAUGCAUCAGACGACAUCGACUUGCCUCAAGUCUGCCGUGUCCUGAAAUUAGCAAACAGCGUGACAUAUGAUCGGAUGAGCAAAGCACUCGAAACAUUAGAAAAGACUGCCACUGACCCGAAAUACAGCGCCAAUAGAACUCGGUUGACGGAAGUACUUCUGGGCAUCACGCAGCCCUCGAAGCCUCUUCCUCUCCCUGGCAUCACGUUUUUCGACGAGUCGCUUAAUGAAAGCCAAAAGACAGCGGUGAGAUUCACCUUGGAAGCCCCGGAGGUGGCGUGCAUACACGGGCCACCGGGCACUGGCAAAACGCACACUCUGAUCGAAAUCAUCCGCCAAUUGACUUCGGUCUCACCUGCGAAUCCCAAGCCGCAACGGCUGCUGGUCUGUGGUGCGUCAAACCUGUCGGUCGAUAAUAUACUGGAACGGCUGCUUGCGCUGCCUGCGGUGGAUAAAGGCGAGAAGUUGAAGGUGACGAGAGUUGGCCAUCCGGCGCGGGUGAUGGCACACCAGGGUGUCCUAGAAACCACGUUGGACGCCAAGGCAGGACGGUCGGAGCAGGCCGCGCUCGCUAAGGACAUCAAGAACGAAAUUGACGCGGCCAUGGGGGUCCUCACAGGCAAGGGCAAGGGCGUGAAAGGCAAAGGCCCCCGCGGCGCUGAACGAAAGAAGCUCUGGGAAGAAGUCAAGGCGUUGCGGAAAGAGUAUCGCCAGCGCGAAGGGGGCGUUGUGAAGUCUGUUCUCGGGGAAUCGCAGGUUGUGCUCGCCACUUGCCAUUCCUCGGGCGGAAGACAGCUGAACAACCAGCAAUUUGACGUCGUUCUGAUCGAUGAGGCCACCCAGGCUUUGGAAGCGGUGUGCUGGAUCCCGAUUUUCAAAGCCAAGAAAUUGAUCCUUGCGGGUGACCCGAUGCAAUUGCCACCCACCAUCCUCUCGAUCAACGCACAUGAAAAAUCGAAGACUCAGGCUGCUAAGAGCAGCGGCUCGACCGCCUCAAAGACCGUAUCUAAGGCAUCUCCUAAGCCUGAGAACGACAAUUCAGACAUAAGCGAUGACUCUGAACUUUCAGAUGACGCGGAAUCAAGUCGUACCACGCAAGUCGCCUCCAGCACCGCUGCGGCCAAAGGUCGAAAGGCCUCACCCGUGAUUCGUCCACCUCGGACACUUGAGACUACACUAUUCGAUCGGUUGGAAAAGAUGUACGGCUCGAAGAUCAAGCGCAUGUUGACUAUUCAGUACCGAAUGCACGAACAAAUGUGUACUUUCCCAUCCAAGAUGCUCUACCAUUCCAAAUUGAAGUCGCACUCCUCGGUGGCAGGCCAUCUAUUGCUCGACCUUCCGAAUACACACGCGGAUUCAGAGGAAGAUGAAAAGGAUGUUCUCGCCACGCCCGUGAUCUUCUUCGACACCUCCGGUUGCGAGUAUUACGAACGUGUCGAUGGAGAGGGUGAUGAAGGCAGCCGAUCGAACGAAAAUGAAGCAAUGGUCGUCAAACAGUGGGUGGACAAGCUGGUUUCGGCCGGCGUACUCCCAGAGCAGAUAGCCGUCAUUACACCAUAUCAAGCUCAAGUCACUCUUCUCUCCACGCUACUUCGACCUGUCCACGGGCAGUCGCUCGAGAUCGGGACAGUGGAUGGCAUGCAGGGCCGAGAGAAAGAGGCUGUGGUCAUCAGUCUGGUCAGAAGCAAUGACAAGAGAGAAGUCGGGUUUCUGAAAGAGAAACGCAGGCUAAACGUUGCGAUGACUCGAGCGAAGCGAAGUUUAUGCGUCGUGGGUGAUUCGUCAACUAUUUGCCACGGCGGUGCUUUUCUGAAGAAAUGGCUCACGUGGUUAGAAGCUAAUGCUGACGUACGAUACGGUGGUCUGGACUAA